AGCCGGCUUCAACUGCUCCAAAAUGUCUCACGCUGACAUUCUCCCACGCCUCAGCAUUGCAAUCGGGAAUUUUCCCUCGGUGCUCAGUGAUGCGCAAAGACGUGAGAUGCUACUCCCCACCCAGGUGGCCUCAUAUGCAAAACAUCGUAGUCAGGGAAUCCAAGUCCAACAUGCCUUGGUUCUGUCCUUUGUCGUCCUUGUUUUGGUAUAUGGUACCAACGACAACGAUUCUGUUGCACACACCGACAGUGAUCGACAAACACUCACGCAGUAGUAGCAG